CUCACCUUCAGUUCUUUCCUUCCACCAGGCAGCACAGCAAGACGCGGAGAGCUCAGAGCCCAGUUUGCCAGGUCCUCAGCUAGAGGCCUGUCAUGGUGCCCUUCAGGCCCCUUCUCAUGCUAGCUCUGCUGGCAUGGGUUGCUCUGGCUGAUCAAGAGUCGUGUAAGGGCCGCUGCACUGAGGGUUUCAAUGCCAGCAAGAAGUGUCAGUGCGACGACCUCUGUACUUACUACGAGAGUUGUUGUGUUGAUUAUAUGGUUGAGUGCAAGCCCCAAGUGACUCGAGGCGAUGUGUUUACUAUGCCAGAAGAUGAAUAUGGGACCUAUGACUACCUGGAAGAGAUCAAAAACAACACCAGCAUCCAUGGACAGCCAAAUAUCUCCUCUGUACAUCCUGACCUGCACACCCAGACAGAAAGGACUCCAGAGCGGGCACCUUUCUUAAAGCCUGAGGAAGAGGUGCCUACAUCUGAGGCGAGCAUCCCUGGGCGUGAAGUGGGACGUGAAGAGGUAAGCUCCAGGCCCGAGGCCACUGAUCAAGAGACCUCUGAGUUUCCAGCACAGGAGGAGCUGUGUAGUGGGAAGCCCUUUGAUGCCUUCACUGACCUCAAGAAUGGUUCCCUCUUUGCCUUCCGAGGACAGUACUGUUAUGAGUUAGAUGAAACAGCAGUGAGACCUGGGUACCCUAAACUCAUCCGAGAUGUCUGGGGCAUUGAAGGUCCCAUUGAUGCUGCCUUCACCCGCAUCAACUGUCAAGGGAAGACCUAUAUUUUCAAGGGUGGUCAGUACUGGCGCUUUGAGGAUGGUGUUAUGGACCCUGAUUAUCCCCGAAACAUCUCUGAAGGCUUCAGUGGCAUCCCAGACAACGUGGAUGCAGCAUUCGCCCUCCCUGCCCACAGCUACAGUGGCCGGGAGCGGGUCUACUUCUUCAAGGGGAAGCAGUACUGGGAGUAUGAGUUCCAGAACCAGCCCAGCCGGGAGGAGUGUGAAGGCAGCUCCUUGUCGGCUGUGUUUGAGCACUUUGCCUUGCUGCAGCGGGACAGCUGGGAGAACAUCUUUGAGAUACUCUUCUGGGGCAGAUCCUCUGGUGGUGCCACAGAGCCCCAGUUUAUCAGCCGGGACUGGCAUGGUGUGCCUGGAAAAGUAGACGCUGCCAUGGCUGGCCGCAUCUAUGUCUCAGGCUCAACACUCCAUCCCUCCCGGGCUAAGAAACAAAAGUCUAGGCGUCGCAGCCGAAAACAUUACCGUUCACGCCGUGGUCGUGGUCGCAGCCACAGCCUAAACUCACGCCGCCCAUCACGUUCAAUCUGGUUCUCUUUAUUCUCGAGUGAGGAGAGCGGGCUGGGAGACAACUAUGAUUAUGAUAUGAACUGGCUUGUGCCUGCCACCUGUGAGCCCAUCCAAAGCGUCUACUUCUUCUCUGGAGACAAGUACUACCGAGUCAACCUUCGCACCCACCGAGUGGACACUGUGAACCCUCCCUACCCACGCUCCAUUGCCCAGUACUGGCUGGGCUGCCCAGCCCCUGACCACUAGGAGUCAGAGCCUACAAGGCUAAGCCUCAGCUUUGUCCUCUAGCCUUUUUCUCACAGCCCAAUAAAGUCUCUUAUCCUCAA